AUGGCUGAACUGACCUACCUGGGCCACUGGGUGGGGAGCGGCUGCCUAAAGCCAGAACCAGCGAAGGUGGAGGUGAUCUGGAACUGGCCCGCUCCCCACACCAAAAAGCAGGUACAAGCCUUCAUUGGGAGGGCGGGGUACUAUCGAAGAUUUCUGCCCCACUUUAGCGCCAUAGCCGCCCCCAUCACUGGCCUAUGCAAGAAGGGGAAGCCAGACAAAGUGGUCUGGACUGAGGAGUACCAGAAGGCUCUCCAUGCCCUGAAGGAGGCUCUGGUCAGGGGCCCGGUUCUGGCAAACCCAGACUUUGACAAGCCCUUUAUGGUGUUCACCAACGCCUGA